AUGCCACCGUUGUCAUCAUGCCACCGUUGUCAUCAUGCCACCGUUGUCAUCAUGCCACCGUUGUCAUCAUGCCACCGUUGUCAUCAUGCCACCGUUGUCAUCAUGCCACCGUUGUCAUCAUGCCACCGUUGUCAUCCUGCCACCGUUGUCAUCCUGCCACUGUUGUCAUCAUGCCACCGUUGUCAUCAUGACACCGUUGUCAUCCUGCCACCGUUGUCAUCCUGCCACUGUUGUCAUCAUGCCACCGUUGUCAUCAUGACACCGUUGUCAUCAUGCCACCGUUGUCAUCCUGCCACCGUUGUCAUCCUGCCACCGUUAUCAUCCUGCCACCGUUGUCAUCAUGCCACCGUUGUCAUCAUGCCACCGUUGUCAUCAUGCCACCGUUGUCAUCCUGCCACCGUUGUCAUCCUGCCACCGUUGUCAUCCUGCCACUGUUGUCAUCAUGCCACCGUUGUCAUCAUGACACCGUUGUCAUCCUGCCACUGUUGUCAUCAUGCCACCGUUGUCAUCAUGACACCGUUGUCAUCUUGCCACCGUUGUCAUCAUGCCACCGUUGUCAUCCUGCCACCGUUGUCAUCAUGCCACCGUUGCCAUCAUGAAACCGUUGUCAUCAUGACACCGUUGUCAUCAUGCCACCGUUGUCAUCAUGACACCGUUGUCAUCAUGCCACCGUUGUCAUCAUGCCACCGUUGUCAUCAUGACACCGUUGUCAUCAUGCCACCGUUGCCAUCAUGA